UUGGCUGCGGCUUUCCAGGCUGCGAGUAAGGAGCAGGAGCAGCAAGACUCAGGAACAGUUCAUUUAAAGCUGUCUUUUGCAAAUGUAUAUGCUACAUGUCUGUUAAUCUGCCAUAAUACAAAUGAUUUCACUCACAUCUGAGGGACAAGUGUUGCUUCCACAUUGUCUGUUGCAGGAGGACGAAGAGGCUUUGAAGAGGGGCCGUCGCUGAGAUUGUCUCCAAUCUCAGCGACGGCGACACCUCCGAGGACGAGGAGGACAGCAGCGAGGACGAGGACGCUACCAAGCUCCCAACAGUCUCCUCAUUUGAGAAGGUCCUGGGACCCAUUUUUGGAGGCCGGUCAAAGGCCUCCAAAAUGAGGAACCUCUCCUUCCCUCCCUCCAUUGACAAAUACAUGGAGGACUAUACGGGGUUCGUCACGGUGCGGGGCGGCACCACCAAAAUGGCCGAAAAUGCCAUUACCAAGGCUCCCAGUGGACAGCGGCAAGGGAAAACGAUUGGCUUCGGAAAUAGAUGAAGAAGGCAUCCCGGGCCAAGGUGUUUGUGAAGUUUAUGAUGGUUGGCCGGACUGAGGUCAGGUAUUGGACCUGGGAGUUCCUGGCCAACCUCCAGCUGAUAAAGUUAUACCCCGUUUUGCUAAAAAAGUUCGGGCUGGCCCCCUCCACCGUUUCCCUCUAUGUCGGCCACGCCCUCUGUUUUGUUGAGGGUUUUUUUUGACACCCCCCCUCACCACUGCCGGCUGGCAAAGGGGAAACUCAAGCCAAUACAGAGGGAACUUAAAAAAGUCCUGAAGAUGGCAGGUCGGAUGGUCCUGGGUCGCCAAGUUGAGAUCAAACAAAACAAGCAGCAGAAGCAGCAGCGGCUGGUGACCCGGGAAGCCCUGACGACCUGCCAGUCCUUGGCCCGGGCCAAGAUCCCCGAGCUCCUGGACGACAUUGAGAAAGCCCCUCCCCGGCACCCCCCUACAAGAUACCGGUUCUUCGGGUACCUCGGGGCCUACAUAGCCUCCAUAUAUGGCCACAGGACAGGAGUGCUCACAUGCAUGAGGGUGAAGGAGGUGAAGGAGGCCCUGGGGAACGACGGCCUCGGCUACCUCAUCAAUGUCAGGGACCACAAAACGCUCCGAAAGUUUGGCCUGGCCCAGAUCUAUCUCGAUGGGGAGGAGUACGGGUGGUGUAAGAGGUGGCUGGAUCUCAGGAAGAGAUGCGUUGCCACCAACCCGUAUUUCUUCUCCUCCUUCGGGAAGGGCCAGGCCAAGGACAUGGUCCGCUAUGUGAGGAGGGCCUGGGCAGAGAUGGGACUGCUGGGGAGUCCUUCCCUCCUGGAUGUUAGGAGCGCUGUGGCCACCUACAUGAAACUUCGAGUCCAACAAGAAGGAGGACCGGGAGAAAGUGGCCUCCUUCAUGUGCCACUCAGUGGCCACCCAGGAGCGCUUUUAUGCGCUCCACAAGACGGUGGCCCUGGCUGGGAAAAUGCUCCAGCUCUUUGUGAUGUCCAGCCUGGAGGAGAAGGAGCUGGCAGCACCCCCGCCAUCACCCCCACCAGUGUCUCCAAGGAAGAGCGGUGAGAGCAGCCUGAGCAUCACUGCCUGCCGGAUCAGAAAGAGGAUCCUGAGCCCGGAAAAUUAUUCCAGAAAAGAAGCUGCACAUGAGGGCCAGGGUGGUCCUGAAACAAAUUAAGGACUGAGGAGGAGGAGAGGAGAUUUUUUUAUAGACUAGUGUAAAUAUUUGUUUGUAUUUAGGAUAAGGAUUCUAUAUAGUCGUGUAAAUAUUUGUAUAGUUUAUUAUUGAUGUAAGCAUUUUAUUUAUGUAGUAGUGUAAAUAUUUGCAUUUCUGAAAAAAACAAAAAAUAGGAUUUUAUUAUAUAGUAGUGUAAAUAUUUGUGUAGUUUAGUAUUGAUGUAAGUAUUUUAUUUUCUCAUAUAUUAAUGUAAAUAGUUGUUUGUACACUGCAAAAAAGGAAUUUCAAGAAAGUAAAAAAGCCUUGUAUCACGGAAAUAAGUCUUAUUUUUUGUCCAAAAAGAAAAUUAAUCUUGUCAAGAAUGUUUAGCAUUGGAAAAAUAAUUUAAUUCAAGAAAGCUGGGCUAACUUUUUCUUACUGGUUUAUUCUAGCUCAAAAGUAGCUGGAAUAUCUUAUUAAUAGGGUAUAAAAAUGUUUUACAGUAAAACCCAGUGGAGCAACAGGAUUAUUUGCCUCAUUUUAAGAGUAAGACCACUUGUACAACUUCUCAAUUUAAGAAUGCCAAGAAACAAGAAUUAUUAAUUAAAGGUUGUUUAUUUUCAUUUGUUAUGUGUUCUCAGGCCAUCUGAACCUGGCAGAACCAGCUGCUUCAUAUCUAACAUAUUAUGACAGCAGGCUGGCCUAUACAACAUAAUAGAAAUAACCAUGCUGGCCAAAAACUGCAUGGCUCAUAAACAAAAUAAAAUGACCAAAAUGAAAUGACCCUUGACUCAACUGUAUUCUCAAUCACAAUGUAGCAAUGAAUGUGGUUUAUGCAGUAGGAUCCUGCAAACAUCAGCAUAAAGACUGCUAUUAAUUAACCGACUGCUGAUCUGCUGUUUUAUCAUUCAGAUUAAAGUUAUUUUGAUACAUGA